UUCUCAUCACACACAAGAUUUAGAAUAAUGGCAAGAGUUCAACUAUUUCUAUGCUUCACCAUUCUUUUUGCAUCGGUGACUCUUCUGGAUGUUGUUUCAGCUCACCUGAAGCUUAAGCCAAGUUUGCCUGAUCAGAUUGAAGCUCCAAAGACAGUGAAGGAUGUAGAACCUUACACCGUUAAAGUAGUGAUGGUCUUCGUAUCGGACCUCGAGAAAGAAUGUCCCAAGACAAGUAAAUUUAAGGCCUUCUUUGCGAAACUUAGGGCAUAUGCUAAGUAUGUUUGCCCAAUAAAAAGAAAAGACCAAGUCGAUUACGACCGGGACAUGAAGGCGAAAGCCGGGGGCAUCUUCCAGGCCAUAUCAUCUUUUGCUAUUGGAAGGAUAAAAAAGGAAAUUCAAGAAGAGAAACAAGAAGUCAUUGAUACCUUCAAGUUUAUGAGAUUUGUUGCGGCUAAGAUUUUGGGCAGCCGCAAAAAGGAUGAGAACGAAGACACCAUGAAGCUAACAGCAGAACAACAAAAAGAAAUCAAAGAAGGGAUCAUAAGAUGGGAAACCAUUAUUACUCGAAUAACAAACACAAUGGUAAUGAGCACAAAAAAUUCUUCUUCUAGUGAAACUUCAACAACUGAGAAGGGAGAUUCAAGCGAAAAAAGCAAAAGCUCUUCCAAAGACACUAACUCGGGCAGUCCUAGUACUGGAAGUCCAUCUGGUCCAAAGUCUUCGGAUUCAAGUGAAAAAGAAGCUAAAUCUAAAGAUACUAAAACUACAGGAGAAAAAUCUUCUAAGGAUGCUAAGAAUACCGAAGAUAACUCUUCUCAGGAUACUAAAAAUACCGAAGAAAACUCUUCUAAGGAUACUAAAAAUACCAAAGAAAACUCUUCUAAGGAUGCUAAAAAUACCGAAGAAAACUCUUCAACUACAAGUGGAAAAGAAACCUCCUCUAAAGAUACUAAAAAAUCUGCCGGUGAAAGCUCCGUUAGUCAGAGCAGCGCCGUAAAUGUGGAAGAAGUUGAGGCCGAGACUUCCAAACAAGUGUCGACAUUCAUUAUGAACCUCGAAAAGAAGUGUCCACAGAAGGAAGAAUACAAAGCCUUCUUCGAGCAACUAAAGGGUACAAUGGUUGCUCCCCCAAAAGAAAGAAAAGGUUUGUUUUCUAGACUUAAAUCUGCUGCCGGGAAAGUAUCCGGUGCCAUGGCAUUUAUCCGGUCAAGAAUUGGAAGCAAAUCAGCUGAGGUGAAGAAGUCCAUGGAAGCUUACCAAGGAGAAGUGAUGAAGACUCUCCAAGAGUUAGAAACCAUCCACAGCCAAAUUGUGAGUCAGAACAAAGGCAAGAAAGAAGGUUCUUUGACAUGCACACCAGCACAGCAAACACAGAUUAAGCAAACUAUCACCAAAUGGGAACAAGUCACCACCCAAUUCGUCGAGACUGCUGUUCAGAGCGAGACACAAUCUUCUUCAUCUACUUCAUCUUCUGUCGGAAAAAUGACUUCAAACUGAACUUAAAAGACAUCAUUAAUUACAAGCCUUAUGUUUAUAAUUACUAGCUAAUAAUUCAAUUUUGUUGUAAAUAAAACCAAGACCGGUAUAGGCCAGCCAUAGAUCUGUCGACCGAGUCUAUGCAAGGAAUAACUAAGUACAAGUGUACUAUGAAUAUAGAUUGUAACAAACAAUCAUAAGUGAGA